UAACUUGACAGUUAACAACAAAACAAAUUCCUGUUUUGUUUUGUUACGUGGUCAUAUUUGCAAAAUCGAAAGAAAAAAUAAAGAUUUUGGUGAACAGCGCUGAUUGAAUGAGCGCAAAAAGCAUGUCCAGCUGCGUUCCGCCUGGCGACCAGAUUGAAGACGAUGAAGUGCAGGAAAUUCUGCAAACCGGAACCGAUCUGCGCCAAUAUUCGGCCCAAAUCGAGAAGGAAUUCAUGGAGGUCGAGAACCGUUCCAUUGAGGAUUACAUCAAGGAGAGCCAAAAUAUCGCCAAUCUGCACAACCAGAUUGGGAAUACUUCCAAUAUUUUGGAGCGCAUGGAAUCGAUGCUGAUGGAUAUCCAGGGUGCGUUGAAUAACAUCAGCACUGAAAUUACAACGCUGCAGCGGAAAUCCGUUUCGAUGUCGGUGCAGUUAACCAAUCGGCAAUCGAUUAGGGCUCAACUAUCGCAGUUCAUCGAGGAUAUGGCCGUUCCAGAGGAGAUGAUUUCUACAAUCAUGGACAGCUCAGUAACCGAUAAAGACUUUUUGACACAUCUUAAUGAGCUUAAUCAUAAGCUGACCCUAAUGAAAGAACUCAGUUUCAAAGAGUCCAAGUCGUCACAGGAUGUUAAUGACGUGCUGCAGAAGUUGAAAAUUAAAGCAAUAAGUAAACUUCGGGUAUACCUAAUGGAGCAGAUCUAUAAAUUCCGUAAACCUAUGACAAAUUAUCAGAUUCCACAGAAUGCGAUGCUAAAGUAUAAAUUUUUCUUUGAAUUCAUUCUGUGCAAUGAGCGUUCAGUAGCGCAGGAAAUCUGCAAUGAAUACAUCGACACGAUGGGUAAAAUUUAUUACAGUUAUUUCAAGAGUUAUUCGACUCGGCUGAGUGCGCUUCGCUUCGAGGAAGCUGUUUCGAAGGACGACCUAAUGGGACUAGAGGAUACGGUGACACGCAGCAUUUUUUCCAAAGCCAGUUCGCUGAAGAAUAAAAGUACAGUAUUUUCUAUCGGAGACCGAGGAGACGUCCUGAACCAGCAACUGGAGGCACCCAUUAUCGUUCCACACGCUCAGCAGAAGACUCGCUAUCCCUUCGAAGCAUUGUUCCGAUCGGAACAGUAUGCCUUGGUUGACAACGCAUGUCGCGAGUAUCUGUUUGUGACGGAAUUUUUCAUCGUUCGCGGUCCCCAAGCCCAGGAAUUGUUUAAUCAGAUCAUGGGAAAGACUAUGGCGAUGUUGAUUAAAACAUUAGAAACAUACGUUCAAGAUUGCUUCGACACGAUUGCGUUGUUUCUCUGCAUUCAGCUUUGCCUACGGUAUCAGUUGAUGUGCCACAAACGUUGCGUUCCAGCAUUGGAUCGGUACUGGGAUAACCUACAGGCAGUGAUCUGGCCACGAUUCGAGCAGGUCUUCAGAAUGAAUAUUCAAAGCAUUCAAGAAUGUGACCCAACAAAGUUUUCCAAAGAAACGGGACCACACCACAUCACUCGACGUUAUGCGGAAUUUUCCGCCGCAAUAGUGGGUAUUUCGGAAAAUUUUCCAAACGAACUGGUUAGUCAUCUUUUGCUGGAGCUGCAGGAAGAGGUCAAAUGUUUUAUGCUAAGAAUGGCAGCUAUUUUUACUACUCGCAAAGAACAGCUUAUCUAUCUCAUCAAUAAUUAUGAUCUUGUGCUCGGUGUGCUGAUGGAACGAACAAGGGACAAUUCGAAAGAGGCUGAAGCAUUCCGGGAGUUGCUGAGCACACGAAGUGCAGAGUACGUGGAAGAAAUCCUUGCUCCGCAUCUUGGUGGCAUCAUACAGUAUGUGAAAGACUGCGAGCAUAUGUUGGAAAAAGAACAGACAGAGGAAUUUAAACGGCAGGAACGUCGUUCGUUGCAGCUGGUCGCCAGUUUCUCGGCCAACUGGAAAAAAUCGUUGGAUGAAUUGAAUCGAGAGGUGUUUCUGUCGUUUCCUUCGCUGGUGACUGGAUCACAGCUGUUGCAGUUAGCAUUGGCCCAGCUGGUUCAGUAUUACCACAAGUUUUAUAAGCUGUUAACGCCCAGUGCGAGGGCCCAGCUGGUGAAUAUUCAUGUGAUUAUGAUCGAGAUCAAGAAGUAUAAGAGCAACUAUUAGUGAAUUUUGGAAUGAGCUAUGCUCCGGCGGUUCGUACUAUAUAAAUACAAUUUUGACUUGAGAAAAGAAA